AAGCCGUCACCAGGCCAACAGCCGCCUCAGAACGAACACUCCUCUUUAUUAUCCUCCUCCUCCUCCUUCCCCCCCCGCUCUAACGCAGACAACCCAGCGACGGCACAGAGCAGAGCGCGCGGGGAGGGUGAGAAGAGGCACAUGUGGGGGGAGUGGGGGGCGUUAACAUGAGAGCCUGUGACUAAAAGACAAAGAGCGAGGAGAAAAGAAAAAGAACGAGAACAGAAAGAGUAAAUGCUCGGAAACCGAAGAGAGACGCGAGAGGCUUGUGCAUCAUCCACAGCCGCGGCUCGUCUGACGAGACACAAUCCGACCAGCGAGGACAGUGGAAGGACUCUGCGGCUACCGUCCAGCCUCUGGGGACAACAACGGCAACAUGGCAGCUGUGACACAUGUUUUGCACAUGUGGCAGCCCCAUUUCACCGCCAUUCUGACAAACAGCCUUAUGGAAGCAGGAUCGUAAAUACAUGGCGGUUACUGCGGUUCCAAGGGGAUGUGGAGGGUGUGCCUCGACUAAAAGGAAACGGGUGCGUCAGCUGACCAGCAAACAGACAGAGACGGAGGUCUUCGGCAUGUCAGUCGCCACAGAACACGCUUUGUGCUGCCGGGAGAAUCAGAAGACACGCGACCACAGAGAGGACUGACACCGCUCUCCCCCAAUGAGAUACGAGUCAAUUGAUUACAUGGAAAACGAGCAAUCGAGAGUGGGGGCCGAGUUCCUGAAGCAAUUCCCCACAUACGCACGCCUUCCAUCCCUUCCAGGGGCCAAGGACUAGCGAGCGGAUUGUCAUUACAAGCGUCCGAGGGAAGCAGCCCUGCUGCAACAAUGCAGUGGAGACGACGCCAUUGCUGUGCGCACACGGCUAAAUUUCUCUACCUCCUCUCACUGUUGGGUCUGCUGGUCUUUCUGGUCCACCAGGUGUGGCUGCCCAAGCUCACGGGGAAGCCGUGGGGGGGAGGCCAUCCUUUGGUGUCCUUUGGCGGCGAUGAACUUCGCGCCACCAGACCCGAAUGGAACCUGAGCGCGCCGCAAUCGGCAUGGCGGUUCGUCCGCGUUCCUCGGCAGGUGCUCACAUCCGACGCCAACGUCAGUUCCCCCGAGAAGGAGGGUGUCCGGUCUCCUCAGGGAGACGCGGGUUUGCAAAACACUAGCACAGGUGUGGAGGGAGAGCUCGGCGGCGGUGUGACCCACGGCCCUUUCCCUUACGUCAUCAACGAGCCGGACAAAUGCGCCGGGGGCAGAGCGGCACCGUUUCUGGUGCUGCUUAUAGCCACGGAGGCUCGGCAGGUGGAGGCGAGAAAUGCCAUCCGGCAGACAUGGGGCAACGAGAGCGGCGCUCCCGCCCAGGGACUCGUCCGGCUGUUUCUGCUGGGGACGAACGAAGGAGAGCUGGGACUUUUACAGCAAAGGAUGCUGGAAGCAGAAAGCCGGAGGUAUCGCGACAUCAUUCAGCAGGACUUUGUGGAUUCCUACAAAAACUUGACCAUGAAGACACUGAUGGGAAUGAACUGGGUGGCAGUUCACUGCCCACAAGCUGGCUACGUCAUGAAGACGGACAGCGACGUCUUCGUCAACACAGAGUACCUCGUUCACAAGCUGCUCGGCCCCGACCAGCAGCUGAGGAAGAACUACUUCACGGGCAACAACAUGAGAGGCUACGCACCCAACCGGAACAAAAACAGCAAGUGGUACAUGUCUCCGGAGCUGUACCCGAGUGACAAGUAUCCCACCUUCUGCUCCGGGACCGGUUACGUCUUCUCUGGAGACCUGGCGAGAAAGAUCUAUCGGGUAUCCCUGCGGGUCCGCCGAUUGCAUUUGGAGGAUGUGUACGUGGGAAUAUGCCUGGCUGAGCUCCGGAUCGAGCUCACUCCUCCACCCAACGAGUUCCUAUUCAACCACUGGCGCGUGUCUUAUUCCAGCUGCAAGUACAGCCACCUGAUCACGUCACAUGGGUUUCAUCCCAAUGAACUGCUUAAAUACUGGCAUCAUCUCCAGAGUAACAAACGCAAUGCCUGCAUAAACACAGCGAGAGGAGGAAGGGCAACUUUAAUGCAAUAAACAGAGACUCAGCAAAUUCCUGGGAACAUGUUAAAACCGCUGCAUAAAAGGUUGUGUAAAAGCUGAUGUCUGCUUUGUGCUUUUUGUCAAAUAUUUUGUACCAACCAGAUGAAACAUUUUCUGUAUGUUUGAGUCAAACCAUUGGAGAGUUAAUGGGCACCAUAAUAUUUUACAAUGUUUCACUGUGGUGCAAAGUCAUAAUUUUGUCAUAAUGCAAGUUGUGUUUCGUACAUUUUGCCUUGCAAAUACAGGCUGCACUAAAACCAAAUAAAUAUAAAUAAAACAAAUAUUCCCACAUCAUUUCAAAAGACAUUAAAACAUGAAUUAUGCUACUAGAUGUCAAAUUGCUGACAAAUCCAUGUGGGACAAGCUACUUUUUGAGUACAAAAUAUAUUUCUGGGAAUUGCAUUUGA